AUUUUUAUUUAGGAUCUUACUUCUGUAUUCUGAAGUAUGUUUGACCAUUGGUUCUGUCAUCUUUUUAAAGUUUGUUUUAAAAAUUAGGUUUGGUGUCAGGAAGGUGCUAGUUUUAUAAGGGAAGCUCUCUAUAGUCUUUUCUGUGAUUUAUCUAUUGAGAGUUUGAAAGCACCUGUGUAGCUGGAAGAGGCAGAGCUUAGUGCAGAUGGUGCGUCUUUUUGGUUGGCCUUUUGGUGUUUCAGUGCUAACAGGGGCCCCUCUCUUCAGUGCAGGUCCUAAUCUGAAGGAGUGGCUGAGGGAGCAGUUUUGUGACCAUCCACUGGAGCACUGUGAGGACACGAGGCUCCAUGAUGCAGCCUAUGUGGGGGACCUCCAGACCCUCAGGAACCUGUUGCAAGAGGAGAACUAUCGGAGCCGCAUCAACGAGAAGUCUGUCUGGUGCUGUGGCUGGCUUCCCUGCACGCCACUGCGAAUUGCUGCCACCGCAGGUCAUGGGAACUGUGUGGACUUCCUUAUCCGAAAGGGAGCGGAGGUGGACCUGGUGGAUGUAAAGGGGCAGACUGCCCUAUAUGUGGCUGUGGUGAAUGGGCACCUGGAGAGUGCCCAGAUCCUUCUUGAAGCUGGUGCUGACCCCAACGGAAGCCGGCACCACCGCAGCACCCCUGUCUACCAUGCCUCUCGAGUGGGCAGAGCUGACAUACUGAAGGCCCUCAUCAGGUAUGGGGCUGACGUCGAUGUCAACCAUCACCUGACUCCUGACACCCAACCCCCCUUCUCCAGGCGGCUCACCUCCCUGGUGGUCUGCCCCCUGUACAUCAGUGCGGCCUACCACAACUUGCAGUGCUUCAGGCUGCUUCUGCAGGCCGGGGCCAACCCCGACUUCAAUUGCAAUGGUCCUGUCAACACCCAGGAGUUCUACAGAGGCUCCCCUGGGUGUGUUAUGGAUGCCGUCCUGCGUCAUGGCUGUGAGGCAGCAUUCGUGAGCCUGCUGGUGGAGUUUGGAGCCGACCUGAACCUGGUGAAGUGGGACUCGUUGGGCCCAGAGUCGAGGGGCAGAAGGAAGGUGGACCCUGAGGCCUUGCAGAUCUUUAAGGAGGCCAGAAGCAUUCCAAGGACCUUGCUGAGUUUGUGCCGGGUGGCCGUGAGAAGAGCUCUUGGCAAACACCGACUUCAUCUGAUUCCCUCGCUGCCCCUGCCAGACCCCAUUAAAAAGUUCCUACUUUAUGAGUAGAAGAUGCAGGUGAUCUGAGGGAGAGCCACCGCUGAUGCCUGCAUCUUGUGAACCAUCCUGUGCUGCCGACCGCUGGUGAAGAGACGGCCUGUUCUCAUGGACUGUAAUUCCAUCUCAGGUGCUGGGGCCACGGAACAAACAGUCCUUGGGUCAUUGUCAGCUGAGAGACUCAUACAAAACUUAAUUUUGUUCUUCCUAAAUACUUCUGUUUUGGAUUUUUGCAGUUGUAUGUUAAUGAAAUGGGCCAUGAAGUGUGUGCAGGUGUGGGUGAGACUGGAGGUCUGCUGAUAGCCCCAGUAGGGAAGACUCCUAGCACUUUCCAGAACUGUGCUUUUAUUUAUUUUUCUACUUUGCAAUUUAAUUAUUCUAUUAAAACAUUAUAUCUAAAUGAAAUGGAGUUUUGGUAAAAAAAAAUAAUAAUAAGUAGGGAACAGAAAUGCAGUUCAUGAACUUGCUAGUUUGUUUUCUCUGCUUCUGGGGUCCGUGUGUGCAUUCGACAUACCCCUACUUCCUACCACUCUCAUGCUCGUUUUGUGAGUUGCCUUCAUUCAAGGAUGGUUUCCUGGCUUCGCGGGCUGUCAGUGUUAUCUGGUGUGACGGUCACGGUGCAUGACUUGUUCUCAUAUCUCCUGUACCUCGCCUCCUGCCAGUGGUGUCAGGAGUUUUCUGCCUUUUCACUUCAGGAAGCUUCCAGACUGACUGCUUUAAGGAGGCCCACAGAGGACGAACCAGCCAGGAUAUGGCAGCCUACUUUUAGAUGGGGACCAUCCUAACAGCCGUCACUGCCAGUUACAAUGAGAAACACCUGAGGCGCUGUCUCCAUUUCCUGCGUACCAGGAGGUCCUCCUGGUGGUUCCAGGCAUUCAGUUGCUCGUGUUCAGGGGACAUCACAUCUGGUGUUGGUUGACUGCCCUUCACUUUCUGGGCCUAGCGGCUUUGGUAGCUGUGCCUAGAGUCUAAGGCAGGGGAGAGGAGUGAGGCCAGAAGUCUUUCCCACUUGUCCAGAGCUGGCAGUCUUGGAGAGAUGACUGUCACUGCAGGUAUCUGUGGCUGUGUGGGUGGGGCUUGCUUCAGGGUCUGUGGCCUCAGAGCAUUUCCCAGUGAAAUGUUAUUUAGCCAGUUGAAGCCUCUGAGGACUGUUGUCAGGAUUUGUGGUGAUUCUAAACUUCCUAAGUGUUUAGAAUUUCUGCUUGUGAAAAUCUAACUUGUCAAAAUUGAUGAUAUGUUAAUAAUUCUUAGCAUCAUCAUGUGUUUUAGCCAACCAGGCAGGGUACAUAUGGCCUUUAUGUUCUACAGCCUAAGGAUAGAAUUGUACCUCUUUAGGUGUCGUAGGUGGGCUCCCUGCCAGAGCACUGGGCACCUUGUGUGGACACAUGCAGCUCUGAGGGAGAAGCCAGCAGGUGAUUCAGAGGGAAAAGCCAGUCCUAGGAGUUUGCCCAGCUGUUGGGAUGCGGUGGCCUGGAUUCCUGAGCCCUGAGAUUUGGCUCCAUGCUGCUCCUGUGAGGGGCUUGGGGUCAGGUCCGACUGAGUGAGAGAGACCUUUCCUAAGAGAGGAGAGAAGAAGGGUAGGUGGGGGCCACGAUAGCUGGAGCGACGUGCUGCAUGGGCUCCAGCCCCGGAGAGAGUCAGGUGUGUUCUGUGAGGCACUCAAGGUAGGACUAGGCCCAGAGUUGGACUGUGGCUUGGGCAGGAGCUUUAGUGAGUUAGGGGAGGUUAUGUGGACUUCUGAGCCUCCUGCAUAUCGACCAUCCAUCCUGCAGGGGUCUCUUGUCACUGGAGAUGGGCUGGCUAUGGUUUGUCACCUUGGUAGAGUUGAAAGUGCUUUCUGGAGUGAGCAAUUCACUGAUGCCACUUGGAGCCCUUUCCUGAUUUCCUGGUGAGGUUUCCCGCUUCUGCCCUUUGGCACAGUGGGAGAGAAGCUGCAGGUGAGGCGUACCGAGGCUCUUCACACACUGAGGGGCUGUGUUCUCAGCCUGGAGAGCAGCCCCCAGAGUGCUGUCUAUGCAGGAGUGCCUUGCUUCUGGUUACUGAACCGUCUCCCAUGGUCUCGAGAAGAAUGGAACUAACGGAUCAUACAUUUGGGCCAGGGAGUUAAUGUGUCUGGGGAGAGAAUGAAUGAGCCAGGAUAGUGGCCCACUCCUGGUCUUCCCCUGGCAUGGGUUGUACUCCAGCUGGUCUGCAGGUGGCCAGGGUUGUAGCCUGUUUUUUUUGGUACUCAGGAUUGAACCAGGGGUAUGUUAAUACCACUGAGCUACAUCCCUGGCCCUUUUUAUUUUUUAUUUUGAGAUAGGGUCUAAGUUGCUUAGGGGCCUGCUAAAUUGCUGAGGCUGGCCUCUAACUUGCAAUCCUUUUGCUUCAGCCUACUAGAUUGCUGGGAUUACAGGUGUGUGCAUCCUGCCUGGCUAGGGUCACUGCUCUUCAUUUGCAGAGGACAUAUUCAGCUUUCCCUUUGCCAAUUUUUGUUUUGGAAUCCCAACAACUUUGAGGUUCAUCCUUUUGUUUGAGCCUUCAUAGCUGCCAAACCUGGAUCUGAGAAUAGUGUUGGUAACCAACAAAGGUCAUCUUCCCUGUUUUAGUGAGACUCACUUUACUAAAACUCUUUCUCUUUUGUUUUUAAGGAUAGGUUAUAGGAUAGGAAAGACUAGCUCUCUCCACCUGAGCACCUUAUGAAGUCAUGCUUCUAAGCCCUGGGACACUGCAUCCCCCAUCAUGAGGAAAUAUGGAGCUGGUGAGGUGCUGCCCGUCUGGCCCAGUGCAGGAGAGGGGCUAACGCACUGGAGGGAUGAUCCUGAAUGUUGUCCUCAGCCUACCUCGGGCAGCUGUGGGCCACUAAAUUGCACCCCAAGUUGUGGCUGCUGUGGGGUGGCAGGUAGUAUCGUACCUCUGAGAAUUCAGCUUUGGAAUCCUGGUUAAGAGUUUUAGAUGUAUUUCCAAAAACCCAUCAAUGUCUCAUGUUGUUUGACUUUUCAUUUUUGCCUGUGUUAUUUAUAUAGCUAUUUAAGUCUUGUUCCAGCAAAGGGUUUAUGCAGUGGUGCUUGUGUUUUGGGGUUUGUUUUGAUGUUUGGUAACAGAGUGUCCCUGUUAAAUAGGUCACUAGCAGUUUCUAACAGGACUUGUGUUUCUGUCAUCAGGCUUAAGUACCAUAAAUUUAAGUUUUCCCUCUUUUUCCAUGAAUUGAUUCUUCAAAUAAAAAAUUUGUGAAAGAGUAAUUUACAGCAGUCGUGGGCUUGCCUAGGGGAGGGACCUGCCCAAGAGCUGCUCCGGCCUGGGCUCUGCAGCUGUCCACAUGGCAGCGGGCGGGCCCUGUGCAUAGUGAGCGCUCACUCCAUCAGGUGUGAGGACGGCUGCUGCGCCUCUCCCAGGCUGUAUGUGUGAGUCGCUGUUGUCAGGACUACUGUCUUUCCUCAUAUUGGAUGUGCCUUUGAGGCAGUGACAAUGCUGGGAGAACCUGUGACUGGGAGGCCCAAGCUUGACCUAGAGCUGCAACAGGGGAAGCUGGAGUUGCGUGGCCCACAGUGUGACCCUGGGCUGCGAGGGCUCUGUGCAGGGGAGCAGGAUGAGGACACAUUGAUUCAACUGACAGGAUUGUCUUAGAUUCUGAAAUCAUGUCCUUUCUACUAGCAGGAUAAAAUGUCCUUUUAUAAAAUGAAGAUGGCAGAGUGCAGUAUAUUUGCUUUUUAAAAUGCAUUUGGUCAUGGAGCAAAAUGUUAGCUGCCCUUCGUGAAUCCAUCUUUCCUAAGCCUGCCAUCUUUGUAGCCCGAAGCUUGGGGCCUUUGGAGCUGCAGCGAGUGUGCAUCACCACCAGAGCUCCUGGGUCUGCAGUAGCCUGCCCUCUGGUAAAGGGUGUCGCAGUGUUCCUGCUGCCUUCGGCCCAAGGACGAGACCUGAGAUCCCCCAUGGGCUUGAGAAGUGCAGAUACUCUGUGCUAAGCCUCUGGCUACCGGAUCCCUGAGAGACAGAGGAAAUGGUGUGGACGUCUAAGGGUGGACUGCCCCCUCCCUCAGGCCCUGGGAGCCUGUAGUACCACUGGAUGCUCAUGAUGAUGCCAAGUGUGGCUUGGUGACCUUACAGGCUCUGGCUUCUGCCUCCUUGCCUGCCUGCCCACCCACCCACCAGGCACUCAGCAGCCAGUGCUGACUUCUAGGAGUUUAGAUUCCAUGCCAGUGCAGAUUGCUCUCCUGGAAGUACCUCUUCCUACUGGCCCUCCUUUCUCUCCCUGCUCACUGGGGCCUCACUCCCUCCUCCCAUCCAUUCUGACUCCCUCUGUGCAGUAAAGUAACCGAUAUGCAUGCAUGGACAGAGGGACUCGUGUCCUGCUGCAGAAUUCCACAGAGAUAUGUGUCCAUUCCAGACUGUCAGUGGGAGGAGCGAGUGGGGUGGUGGGAGGGACUUCCAUUGCCUUACUGUGUGUUGCUCAGGGUCUUUUCUUCCUAAGUUGCUUUAUUUCAAGGUCCCUGUGGUAUACCAGGUAAUGUGCACAUGUGCAUCAGUCUUGUUUGAAUGUGAUGUUUGUGAUCACAGCUCUCCACACACAGGAUGACAUUUUGCAGCUGUAGGGUGUCUGCAUAUCCCCCACUGCCUGUGUUGGGUGUGACAGGCCCUGAGCCUCUGCCUGGGACAUGCUGGAGAGAUGCUCCCUCCAACCCUGUUGCACUUUCUGCUUUGGUGGUGAACAUGAAUAUUUCUGCAGUGGCUGGAACCACGGCAAUUUUUGCUCUUGUGCCUAGUUAAGAGCUUUCAAAAGUAUGAUGGAGGGCUAGGGGUGUGGCUCAGUGGUACAGUGCUUGCCUGGCAUGCAUGAGGCCCCCUGGGUUCCAUCCCCAGUUCCCUGUCCCCAAAAUGGUAUGAUGGACAUUUUUGAUGUGUUAUUAUAACUUUAAUAAAUGCUUUUCCCCUUCUAAUUCCCCGCAAAUGCCUUAAUUUUCUGGCCCAUAUCUCAUUGGGUGGAAGCAAUGGCCAUGGGAAAGUGUUGGUAUGUGCAGGUCCAGAAGGGGCUCUGAACAGCUUGCCAUGCCUGCGGGAGGGCUGUGAAACAGGUGCGCCCAGGGUCCAGGGAGGUAUCAGAUUUUGUGUGUAGGUUUGAACUGCCCGACACCUGGUGGGACUCGGGGGCUGAGGCUUCUGCUUUAGAGGUGUUCGCAGCCUGCAGCUUUCCAGCCCGUGCGGCCCUGCAGUGUACUGUGGGGUGGGCGAGGGAGACCUGGCGAGAGUGUAGCUGCUGGCCCUGUUGUUCUGAAGAGUGAUGAGUCUUGUCCGUGUGUUGGGGGUGAGGGGGUGGAGAUUUGGGAUGAACCCCAGAGUGAAUCAACUGAAUAAAAAAAGGUUUGUAUGAACCCUCA